AUGAAUGAUGGGGAGACAUUGCUCCGACAUCAAAGGUUUCGACAAUUUCUUUCAUCGUUUCAAGAGAAUGGUGAGAAUAUUUAUCAUACCCGAUUAAAAGGAUUACUAUCUAAAACAUCAUCAUUGCAACAACCACAUACGAAUGAUUAUUUUAGGCUAGUUGUGGAUUUGAAUCAUAUUCGGGAUUUUGACCCUGCACUUUGUUAUAAAUUACAGAUGGAGCCUUCGAGUUGCAUACCGACUUUUGAGCUGGCAUUGAACGAGGAAAUACAAAGAAUGGAUAGCAAACAUUUUGAAAUGAAUACAUCAUCUAGGAAUUUUAUAGGCCUUACAGGAAAUGCAACUCAUCACACAUCUCCUAGGUUUUUGCAGUCUUGUCAUAUUGGAAAAAUUGUCUGUAUAGAAGGAAUUAUUACUAGUUGCUCUUCGGUUUGCCAGAGAUUACUAAGCUCGGUUCACUACUGUGAAGCUACAAAAAAGUUUUUGAAAGUGGAAUACUCGAAUAAUAUUGCCUCAGAUAAUAUAUUUAUUAAUCCAAUACCAGUGGAGGAUUCUGAGGGAAAUAUUUUGGAUUUUGAAUUUGGACUUUCAGAUUUUGUGGACACUCAAAAGAUUGUUUUACAAGAUUUACCAGAGAAAUCUCCUGUUGGGCAGCUUCCCAGAUCUGUGGAAUGUAUCCUUGAAUGUGAUUUAUGCGAUACAAUUAAGCCUGGUGAUAGAGUUAAAGUUUAUGGAAUUUACAAAGUUCUGUCGAUACCAGGUCAAUCAAAUAGAAAACAAUCUGUCGCCAAAGUUGCCUUAAUAGCAAAUAACAUUGACAAAAUUAGAGGAUACAUUUCUCCCCUAAAUGACAUAUCUGUCAAAGAUGGCGUAUUAAUUCAUCAACUCUCUCAAUGUCCAAAUAUUUUUGACAUUUUAUCCAAUUCUGUUGCUCCUUCAAUAUAUGGACAUGAUAUAAUCAAAAAAGCUCUCCUUCUUUUAAUGCUUAGUGGUGUUGAAAAGGAAUUUGAAGACACGUGUACGAAAAUACGAGGUAAUAUCAAUGUUUUACUCAUUGGAGAUCCUUCAACAGCAAAAUCUCAAUUUUUACGAUUUGUGUUGAACACGUCACCGUUGGCGAUUUCUGCAAAUGCAAGAUCUUCAAGCGGAGUAGGUUUAACAGCAGCAAUUGUUUCAGACUCUUCAACGAAUGAAAGAACCCUUCAAGCAGGUGCCAUGGUAUUAGCAGAUAGAGGAAUUGUUUGCAUUGAUGAGCUAGACAAAAUGACUGAUGUCGAGCGAGUUCACAUGCAUGAAGUGAUGGAGCAACAGACGUUUUCAGUAUUCAAAGCUGGUAUUGCGGUAACUCUGAACGCCAGAUGCUCUGUACUCGCUGCAUGCAAUCCAAUCUAUGGCAAAUAUGAUAGAAGUAUAUCUAUUCAGAGAAAUAUUCAACUUCCAGAUUCUCUCCUCUCCCGUUUUGACCUUGUAUUUGUACUCACUGAUGACAACGACUCCCUUCUCGAUAGAGAAAUUGCUACCCAUGUCCUUUCCUCUCACAAAUAUUUCCAUGAUUCAUUCAAGCAAGAUCUUCUUAAAGACGAAUUGAAUAGUACUCUCUUCUCUAUUAAGAAGGACUGUGCUGAUGAAAUUAGCUACUCUGAUGCUGAAAAUAUUAUCAAAAAAUCAGAGAAUUUUGAUCCAUCCCUUUUUGUUCCCCUUAAUAUCCUUAAAAAGUAUAUUCAAUAUGCCAAAUCCAAACAUUUCCCAACUCUCAAUGACAAAUCCAGAGAAAUGAUUUCACAAAAAUAUGUACAGUUACGAAAUCAGUUCAUGAAUGUAAAUAGCCAAAGAAAGACAUAUGCACCCAUCACUCCUAGAACUCUAGAAUCUCUCAUUCGCUUGUCCUCAGCUCUUGCAAAACUCCAUUUACGUGAUGAAAUCAUCGAACAAGAUGUUGAAAUGAUUUUUAACAUCUUUGAUAGCAGUUUAGAUUAUUUAAAUUGUGGAAUGAAACGUCAGCAAAUGAUGACUCUGUCUCAGCUUCCAUCCAAGAAGAAGAAGAAGAAACAAGACUCAUUGGAUAACAAAAAUAGUACACCUCCAAAUUUUGAUUAUGUUUCGUACUUGAGAAGUCAUUUGAUAAGAAAGACACAUAGUGGAUCCAUUCCGCUUCACGAAUUUAAACAAUUCAUUCUUGGGCAGACUCCAAAAAUGGUGGAAGAAGAUGUAUUGGAUUUAGCUCUGCAACAAUUUCACGAGCAAGGAUUUUGUGUACUGAGUCCAGACAUGAACAAUGUGCCCACGAUUUACAGAUUUUCGUGA